UUCCUCUCUCCUCACUUUCUCUCACCUAUUUACUCCUAACACACUUUCUCUUUCUCUUCCUUUCAUCUUCUUCACCAAAAACGUUAAUGGAGGAAGACGAUUUCGCUCAUGAACCGCCGCAUUCUCUCAAAUACAAACUCAAAUCGUCGCUAUGUUUCUCGUGCUGUUUCUCUCACCGCCGCGUGAAGCCGCGGAUCGUUCGAUGUUCAUCUCUCGGAACUCACGACGACAACUCUCGCUCAACUGAAUUCUCGCACUUGAAAGAGAAGUGCAGCAAUUUCAUCUCCCGAUUCUCUCGUCACCGCCGCCGCCAUUCCGCCGAUUUUCACUACGAUCCUCUCAGUUACGCGUUGAAUUUUGAAGACGACGCUAACAGCGAGAAAUCCGUCAACAAUCUCAAAAAUUUCUCCGCGAGGUUACCGGCUUCUCCUCCGUCAACGAUAUCGCAGAAUUCCGCAAAAGCAUCCGUCGAAAUCGCCGCUCGUAGUUGAUCUAAAAUGCAACCGCAGAUCUAGAAUUAUAGAGAGAAUGAUUGUGCGGCGGAUGUGGUGUGCAAUGCAGAUGCAGACAGAGGAUGAAUACUCCGAUCAAAACUCCAAUCCCGGUGAUCUUUCGAAAUAGUUUUCCGAUUUUGUUAUUUCCGUUUAUGUCUUUUUUCUCUCUUUCAUUCUAUUGUAGAUAAUAAUGCUACUGUAAGAUCAAAUCAAACCACCAACAUCACAGGUGUUUUAGCAAUUCAAACCAAAGGAAUGAGAAAUAUAGCAAAAAGGAUUAAAGUGCAAAAUGAUGAUGCUAUUCUCUUUCCCUUUUGGUGCUCUGCAUAAGGUUUUAAAUAAUGGCUGAGUUCUUUCGCGAUUUCGGUCGGUAGAAGUGUUGCGAGUUGCAACAUCGGUAAUCAGAUUUAUGAAUUAACCAUAAUUUAUUC